UGUAAAUUUGAAAAUAUGACCGUCUUCCAGGAGAACCAGAAGACGACCUCAAUCUUCCCCUGUUUAUCAUGCUACAAUAUAACUGGACAUAAUAGAUAGAACUACUGGUAUUCAUUUCAAAGGCAUUUGUUUGAAAGAAAUUUUAUCGAAAAAAAUCCUUGCCAAUAACAUAUAACAUAAUGCCUCUUUUUUUGUAGAUUCUCCUUGUUGCUGCUGGAUCCUGGAGAAAUCUAUUUUGAAGAUUUCAGUGUGUUUUACUAUCCACCAUCACCAUCUGAAGACAAGGCAAUUAAAAGUUCCUCUCCGGUGUAAACUAAUUCAUUCAUGUUUAUUCCCCGACUCCGGGUGCAAUAUUUUAUCAAGGUAUAACGUUUCAAGCCUCUAAAUACAGAAGCGCUACUUCCGGUUAUAAAUUCGCUACCGUGACUCAUGGCCAGGCGUUUGACUACCAGAAUGAUGGUGUUCUAGGAUGCGGGGGAUUUGAGCCUUGUACUUGUACAUGUAGAACUCUUCUUCAGCUAUGGCUUUUAUUGAAGCUGUGACACAGCCAAAGGAAAGAUUCUCCUUGUUGCUGCUGGAUCCUGGAGAAAUCUAUUUUGAAGAUUUCAGUGUGUUUUACUAUCCACCAUCACCAUCUGAAGACAAGGCAAUUAAAAGGAAGCAGAAGGGGAGGCUAAAGAUAUGCUCCAAGUCAGUUUUAUUUGAUCCAUCUGACAUACAGUAUCCUAUACUUAGGUUUCCACUCAGAGAUGUUGUGAAAGUGGAAAGUUAUGAUCCCCAGUCUCUGUUCUCAAGAUUGGAUUCUAAGAACAAAGUACUACAGAUAGUCAGCAAUGCUGUUAUUGGAAUGAAGGAAGGAAAUGUUAUAGAACCAUUUGAUUUUAAAAGGGAAAAAUCAGUGAAGCACAUGUUCUCCUUGAACUAUAAUACAGUUGAUAGUUGUGUCCCUCUGAUGUGUCAGUUGCACCGGGCCUCCACAUUGUCCCUGGCAGACCAAAGUAAUAUGAUCAGGGCUAUUGUUUUAUCCAGACAAUCAAGAGUCAAAUUCAAUACAAGUUGGCUGGAAGAUAUCUAUGAAAAAAUAAUCUUAGAGAGCCAGGGUGACCACAUCACACCCCUGGUCACCAACCCUGGCAGAAUUAUGCUGACCUGCAGUAGGCUCUAUUUCCAGCCAUUUAACAAUGUGGACCCUAAUCCAGUGACAAAAAUAAAGCUGUCUGCUAUCAAGAGGGUCAUUAAAAGGCGUUUUUUGCUUCAACAAGUGGGUUUGGAGAUUUAUCAUGGGUAUGAUGAUGCUUGCCUAUACUUAGCCAUGAAGACAGAAGAAGAAAGAAACAUACUGUACAAUGAACUGGUGAAGCAAACUGAUGUCCACCUAGAGGAUAUGGGGACAGCCAGUAUGACCUUGAAAUGGCAGAAUGGGGUCAUAUCCAACUUUGAUUAUCUUUUAUAUCUGAACACAAUGGCAGAUCGCAGUAUAAAUGACCUGACACAGUACCCUGUGUUCCCCUGGGUCAUAGCUGACUACACAAGUCCUGUGUUAGACCUAGAAAGUCCAUCCACAUUCCGUGAUUUAAGCAAACCAAUAGGGGCCCUCAAUCAAGAGAGAUUGGCCAGCUUGAAGGAAAGAGCAGCUGAGAUGCCUGGCCCCAAGUUUUUGUAUGGUUCUCACUAUUCCACUCCAGGAUAUGUGCUUUUUUACCUGUCAAGAGUUGCUCCAGAUUACGUACUUUGUUUGCAGAACGGAAGGUUUGACCAUCCUGAUAGAAUGUUUAACAGUGUGGCAGAAACGUGGAAUAACUGUCUAAACAGUGCAACAGACUUCAAAGAAUUAAUUCUUGAGUUCUACCAGCCACAGUACAGAGAUUUCCUAACCAAUGCCAAUGCAAUAAACUUUGGAAUUAAGCAAGAUGGUCGAUCUGUGGCAGCAGUUGAGUUACCACCAUGGGCCAAAGACCCUCAUGACUUCAUCAGCAAGAACAGAGAGGCAUUAGAAUGUGACUAUGUUUCAAAGAACUUACAUCACUGGAUAGACCUUAUAUUUGGAUAUAAACAGUGUGGAAAGGAAGCAGAUGAGGCAGACAAUUUAUUUUACUACUUGACAUACGAAGGUGCUGUUGAUUUAGAGAGCAUAAAAGAUCCCAAUGAGCGUGCCUCCUUAGAGGUUCAGAUAAUGGAGUUUGGGCAGACUCCAAAACAACUGUUCACCAGCCCUCAUCCACAGAGGUUCAGCAAGGUGGCUGCACCAGUCCUGGUGACAGGACAGGCCGCAGCGGAUUCCAGUCUGCUGCCAGCAGAGGAGCCUGUUUCCCAAAGCUCACCCAAAAUUGAAGUUCCAAUCUUUUUAGAAACUAUGGCAAAUGCAUCAGAUGUGGAUGACAGUUCAAUUGACAAAAAAUGGAAAUCACUGGAAAAGAAUAUGCCAUACUUGGAACAUAGGUUACACAAAGAAGCCAUAACAGACGUGAAGUUUUCUGCAGAUCUCAAAAGUGUUUUCUCAGUUUCACAAGAUACAAUGCUCAAAAUGUACAGCCUUGAAGAUCAGAGUCAGCUUAGAAGUGUCAAUAUGUCAACUAUGGCUCUGUCUUGCUGCUUUGUUAUGCCAAAUGGAAAGACAAUCAUAGUUGGAUGCUGGGACAACAAUAUCUACCUUUACAGUGUAGAGUAUGGAAGAGUGGUGGGCACAGCUCUGGCACACGAUGACGCAGUGUCAGCAAUACAGUGGCAGAAUGACACAUUACUGUCAGCUUCAUGGGAUUCCACUGUCAAGGUUUGGCAUUGCCCACUCCAGACUCAGAAUGCCGGCUCUAGUAAUCCAGAACUUAUGGGUGAACUAGACCAUGACAGUGGAGUGUCUUGCCUCCACUGCAAUCCUGUAGAUGUCAGCACUGUGGUGUGUGGUACACAAGAGGGAGGAUUGUUCAUAUGGGACACCAGUUCUUGUUAUGUGGUCAGUCAGCACCAAGUCCACACUGGGGCAGUAGGAACAGCACAGUUCAGCUCUG